CUGAACAGAAGCGAGUAGACCCCUUUCAUAUGCUAGAGAUGGCUACGAUCAACUACACAAUGUCCCCUCAUCCCAUUACUGCAUUAAAGCAUAACCGCAUGCCUCGGUCCCUUCAUCGGAGGUUUCUUCACAUCGGGUUAGCCCAGGACCGCUGUUCAGCAGCGCCGUCAUGGUUGGGUGGCAUCCAGGAAUCCCCCCUAGAUUCAUCCGUGGCGGUCAAAUAAUCUUUAUAGCGGCUGUUUCCUAUCUGUAUUUGCUAUCCAGUGUCUAUUCGUAUAUCGUUAACCGGUAAAGCCUCGUGAACAAAUGGAAUCCAACAAGCAAUAUGAUCUGAUCGUCCUGGGGCCCACGGGCUAUACAGGACGGUUCUGUGCUGACCACAUUGUCAAGAACUUUCCCACCAACCUGAAGUGGGCUCUGGCCGGUCGUUCUCUCAGCAAGUUGGAGAAUAUCGCCAAAGAGCUGAAGAAUGUGAACCCGGAUCGUGCCGAUCCAGAUCUCCUCCCCGUGCAACUCAAUCGUGAGGAGUUGCACCCGUUGGUUCAAAAGACGCGAGUUAUCAUUAACUGCGUGGGUCCCUACUGUCUAUACUCUACGCCCGUGAUUGAAGCUUGCGCCAGUAAUGGAACUCACUAUGUCGAUGCUACCGGAGAGACACACUGGGUCAAGGAAAUCAUCAGUGAAUACCAUGAAACCGCCAAAGCGAACGGUGCUGUUAUCAUCCCUUGCGUUGGCAUAGAAAGCGCACCUGCAGACCUGCUCGCAUGGGCUACAGUGAAGCGAGUCCGCGAAGAUCUGUCAUGCCACACCAGAUCAAUCACCGGUGACAUCCACGAGAUCAAGUCCUCCGGAGCAAGCGGUGGCACCCUCUCCACCGUACUCACUUUCUUUGAAAAUGUGCCACCUUCCGAAAUGCGCAAAAUAUCCACCCCUUUUGCACUGGCCGCAGCUCCCCCUCCGAAAGACAUCCCUCGCGAGCCGUUAUGGACGAGGCUACUCGGUAUUCGAUCCGUGCGUGACUUGGGCAUCUUGACCACCUCACCAUCAGGUCUAGCAGACAUCACCACCGUCCACCGCAGCAGUACCCUGAUGCCGGAGUUCUACGGACCCCGGUUCUACUUCAGACAAUUCCUCCGCGCCAGGAACGCUUUCACCGGAAUUCUAUGGCAUUAUGCGUUCCUUUUCGCCGUUACGGCUUUACUCCUGCCUCCGAUUCGCACCCUUGUCAGGAAGUACAUCUAUACCCCGGGUACUGGUCCUACUCUCGAGGAUUCCGUCAACGACUUCGUCGAGUACCGCGCCGUCGCGACUGCGGACCAGGAUACGGCAAAGCCUCAACGUGUGCUGGGCAAGUUGAGAUACCAGGGUACUAUGUACGAGUUUACUGGGUUGAGUCUGGCUGAGGCGGCCAUGACUAUAAUUGAGAAUGAGGAGAAGGUGAAGAAGGUGUCUCGUUGCGGUAUCGUGACUACUGCUACUUUGGGUCAGGAGUUUAUUGAUCGCUGGGAUAAGGUCGGAUGUCAUAUCGAGACUCAGGUCGUUGAUAAUUAAUUGAUUUGCUUGUGGCCUUAUCCGAUUGACAAACUCGCAAUAUUUUGUUAUAUAGCUACUUAUGACUUGAUCCACCUGUUUAUAGAGAUUUACUUGGUUGUUAAUAGUACUACAUGCCA